AUGGACCUUCUCGUCACGCAGCCGGAUGCGCCCCGCGCGCAGCUCGUUUUGCCCCGCGCGCAGCACGUUUUGCCCCACGCGCAGCCCGUCUUGCCCGCGCGCGGCCCGUCCCGCCCGUCGCAUUCGUCGCCCGUCGCGCCCCGCGCUCUGCCCGUCCCGUCCCCUGCUCGUCGCACCCGUCGCCCUGCCCGUUGCGCCGUUGCGGGCGCCAGGGGCGGGUCCGCAGCGGCUCAGGGCACCGUCGCGGGCGCCAGGGGCGGGUCCGCGGCGGCGCAGGGCACCGUCGCGGGCGCCAGGGGCGGGUCCGCGGCGGCGCAGGGCACCGUCGCGGGCGCCAGGGGCGGGUCCGCGGCGGCUCAGGGCACCGUCGCGGGAGCCAGGGGCGGGUCCGCGGCGGCUCAGGGCACCGUCGCGGGCGCCAGGGGCGGGUCCGCGGCGGCUCAGGGCACCGUCGCGGGCGCCAGGGGCGGGGGGUUCAUAAGCGGGGACGUCGCGGCCUCCCGUUCCGUCCCGUCUCGCCGCGGCCACCCCCCACCUCCUCUCCUCAUCCCUCUCUCUCUUACCUUCCCCUCAGUACUCCUCCCCGGAUGA